AUGGCGGCUGAAUCGGCAACAACGGAGACCGUCGAAAAGAAUGGAAACGAGGAGUCAACGGUAGAAAUAAAACAAAAUGGAGAUGCUCCAGCUAUUUCUCAGGUCCCUCCAACAGAAGUCGUCAAACCAUCAAAAGAAGAAGAAGAAGAAGACGAGCCUACUCCCGCCAAGAAAAGAAGCGGUUCGGAGGAGAAAACCGAAAUUCGAGAUGAUGCUCCAGAAGACGUCCAAAACGAUGAGGACGACGAGGACGCCCCAGAUGGGAAGUCAAAUCUGGAUGACGAUCAGAACGUGGAGAAUCCAGCAUAUAUUCCAAAAACUGGACGGUUUUAUAUGCAUGAUGAUGGUCGAAGAGUAGAUGUCACUUCACAGGGAAACGAUGAUGAUGACAGCGAUGAUCGUCGAAAUCUGAAAAAGAGUCGUGCGGAUGGAGACUGGAAACACGACCGUUUCGAUGAGAAGUUCCAACGACCAAAGACCAAAAAACAGAUUGUGACGAAGUAUGGAUUCGAUAUUCGACACAAAGAAGGAGAGGUCGGAACUCCAGAAGAGAAGGAGACAGCUCCAGAAUCAACAGAAGAAGAAUCAUCAGACACACGUCAAGUAACAAGACAACAGAAAGAACGAAGAGUUUCUUCUUCGACUGGAAGAGGGGCGAAAAGUGGAAGAGGCGGAGCUGGAAGAAGACCAAUGAAACAAAGAGAAAGGGAGGAUACUGUAGAUGAAUCAGAAGGCGGAGGUGAUGGAAAAGGAAAUGAUGACGAGGAACAGACACGUCCAGCACAGAAGAGACAGGUCAAGCAGCAAGAGAAGCCACCUAGGAAGCAGAAGCCAGUUGCCCCUCCUUCCAGUGAAGAAAACGAAGAAGAGGAAGAAGAUGAUGGAGCUAUUCGACGUGGUCAACGGCGUACCGUUCCUCUUCGACGUGGAACAUCUGGACCUCCAUCACGUCUACGUGGGCGUCUGACCCAAGGACCACCACGCCGUUCAUCCGGUGUCUCAGCUCCAUCUCAUCCACCGAGACAAUCGCCAGUACGUGGAACCGGAAGACGUCAAAAUGACACCACCACCUCUACAAGGGGCGCACCAUUACAAGUGACGUCAUCUUCAAAUUCUCGACGUGAUUACAGUAACCAGGCGGACCGAAAUGACGAUAGAUUUGAGAAUCAUCGACGAGGAGUUAUUCGUGGAGCUUCUAGAGGUACUGGAGGGACAAGAGGCUCGAGUUAUGGAGGAAGAGGAGCUGCAAUUAGAGGUGGAGUCAGAGGAUCUGGAGCGCCAAGAUAUGGAGUAAGAAGAACUGAUACAUCAGAACAAAGUGAAGGAUAUCAAAGAGGUGGAUCUGGAACUGACUACUCGUCUCCUCGUCCUCCAGCUCAUCAACAAUCCCCACCAACUCGGACUUAUCAGCCAACAUCUACUCCUGCGUUCCGUGGUGGAUCAUCCAAUUCUCAUCCACAUCCAUCAGCCAAUGUUUAUCCGUCCUCAACACGUGGCAACUAUUCUGGAAAUAUGGAAUACGCUCCACGUGGCGGUCAUGGAUAUCAUGGACCACCACCACCACAACAACCACAUCAUAACCAUCAUCAUCAACAGAAGAGAUUCGUUCAAGGACCACCACCACCAAUGGUCGCUGUUGGAGUUUUACCUGGAAAUGUUGUCCCACCACCACAAAUGACACGUGGAACUACUCAUGGAGGACACGGAAAUCAUCAUAAUGGAGGACAACAGAGAAUCCGACAACCAACGGAUGUCGUCUAUUUUGAUCCACAACAACAACAGGGAAAUCGUCAACUUCCACCUCGAUCGAAGAAGGUUAUCCCAAUUGUGGAUCCAAAUAAGGCAGAUCAAAAAUAA